CGGAGGAGAGGCUGCUAGGCGCUUAGCAUGGCCUUCCUCUUCCUCUUCCUCCUCCUCGCCUUCGCCCUCCCGGGGGCGGGGGGAGGGGGUACGAAACCAUCCCCAGGUUGGAGGGCUCUUGCUGAGGGCACUGAGCCCUGGGGCCUGAGCCGCCGGGGCGCCAGGUAAAGGGAGUAGUGUCAGACCCAGCUGCUCAAGCCACAGGAAUUUAUCAGUCCAAGAGUCCAGACUUCCUUUUGAGAGGCUCUAAAAUUGUUCAGAGGAAGAAAAGUUUGAACUCAGAAUCUUAGACUUUCUCUUCCAUUUCCAAAAGUGGAGUAGCCUUUUAAGUCAUAUGAAGCCUGCAGCCUUGGGGUCCUCAAUCCCUACAUCUCCAUUGAUGAAGCUAGAGGAGGAUUCUUUUUCUGGACAUGAUUUUGCCCUGAGAGGGUACAACCCUGAGACAGCUCGACAACACUUCAGGCAGUUUCACUACCAGUUGAUGUCUGGGCCCCAUGAGACUAUGAGACAACUCAGGAAACUCUGCUUUGGGUGGCUUAGGCCAGAGAUUCAUUCAAAGGAGCAGAUCUUGGAAAUGCUGAUGCUGGAACAGUUCCUAACCAUUUUACCUGGGGAGAUCCAAACCUGGGUGCGGAAGCAGUGUCCAGAGAGUGGAGAAGAAGCAGUAGCAUUGAUAGAGGGCUUACAAAAAGACCCUGGGAGAUUGUGGCAUUGGAUCAAAGUCCAAGUACUGCGACAAGAAGCUCAUUCAGAGGAAAUGGAAUCAUCAGGUGUCCCAGUGGAGCCUAAUGCUAAGGUAAUGCUUCAGGAAGAAGGCACACAGAAUUCACGCUCAGCACAGGAGGAACAGCUAAACCACAGCAUCAAAGAGGAGUCUGAAAACUCACUGGAGUUUGGUUUGCCAAUUUCCCAGCUUCCUACCCUUCCUGAAGGAAGGCAUACCAGAGACAAGGAUGAGGCAGCUUCACUUUCUACAUCUGGAUCUCAGGAGCAGUGGCAGUGCCUGAAUCACACUCAGAAAGAGCUUUAUUGGGAUGCUAUGCUGGAAGAUUAUGGGAAAGUGGUUUCAUUAGCAAUUCCCAUUUCUAAACCAAACCCAACUAACCUGGUAGUUGGAAAGGAAGAGCCUGAUGGAUCACAUUCUCAUGCAGAUGAAGCAAUACCAAGAAGCAUUUGCAUAGGAGACAGAGGGGAGAAUGACAAAGAGAAUCUUCACUUGGAAAAUACAAGGGGCCAGGAAUCUCAAAAGAUCUCUUACCAGAAAUGGCAAGCCUCAGAAAAGGUACCUUCACAGGCCCCCUUGAAUGAAUUCAUUGAGGAUGAUCCAAGAAGCUUGGGAGUAAGAAAAGAUUUUAUUAUCCAGGAGAGCCCUCAGGAUAGAGUAAAGGUAGGGAAGAGCCUUCCUCUGGAAAGGAGUUUAGGGAAACUCCUAGGUCAACAUUUGUCUAGUCCUGUGGAACAAGACUCCUCAUGGAGAGAAGAGAAGAAAGAGGUCUGCCAGAAAGGCCAGCUACGAACCCUUGCAGGACAGAAGUAUAAUGUUACAAAUAGAUGUAUAGACUGUGGGAAAAGCUUUGUUCGGAAAUCUCAACUUGUAAUCCACCAAAGAAUUCACACUGGAGAGAGACACUACCAGUGUUCCACCUGUGGAAAAAGCUUCAGUCGGAGCUCAGACCUUAGAAAACAUCAAAGAAUCCACACAGGGGAAAAACCCUAUAAAUGUGAUUAUUGUGGCAAAGGCUUUAGUGACUUCUCAGGAUUACGGUAUCAUCGAAGAACCCAUACAGGCGAGAAACCAUACAAAUGUUCUAUCUGUGGGAAAAGUUUUAUUCAGAGGUCAAACUUUAAGAGACAUCAGAGAGUUCACACAGGAGAGAAACCUUUUAAAUGCUCUUGCUGUGGGAAAUGCUUCAGUUGGAGCUCAAGUUUUGAUAAACAUCAAAGAUCUCACACAGGAGAAAAGUCUUUUAAAUAACCUAAGAGAUACUCUAGGCAUCAGUAGAGAAAUCCCAUUUCCAGUCCAUGAAAAAAAUUACUUAGCAUACAGAAAUACUUCAGAAGGAAUUAUACCCAUUAAUGGAUAUUCUUAUUCUUGGAAAUCAUUUCCUUCUGACCGGAUUAAAGAAGAGGGGCUAGAAUAUGUUUUAUCAACCCUUAUAAGCAUGGAUAAUGUGGCUCAAGACUGUGGCUUUGCCUAGAUUGCAUUUUCCAUAAUGGGAAAAAGACUAUGGGCCUCAUCCCCCAACUAAUUUUUCUUUGUUGCUUCUUGCAUUCACUGGAAUCUGUUAAGUCACACAAUUAACUAAGAUCACUUUAUACCCUCAUUCUUUCUGUUUCAUUCCUCUGAGAUGACAGGAAUGGUGGUUGCACCCAGAAGGUCAUCUUCGGGUAUGUAGGUGGGCCUACAAACUAUCAUAUGGAGUUUGAAGUGGUGAAAGGGUGUAUAGGUGGUCUGCUUUACCAAGGCAAAGGUUGGAAAAGUUGAAGAGAUGCAGGGCUCAGGAAUGCCCUAUAUUCAAGUGAGAGUAGAUCUUUCAGCAGAAGGAAAAACUUGUCUAUGAAUGGAGCAUGAGGUAAGGAACUAGGUAUCAGCGGGUAGGCAGGAGAGGGAACAAGUAAAUACAGUCAGUUCCACAGAAUUUAUAACGAUUUGAAAUACUCUUUAAGUAGUUUUUUUGUAGGGAAGUAGAAGGUGAAAAUUUUUUUUUUUUACAGGCUGGUCUCUCUCUCAAAAGACAGUUUUUUUCUCUUCAUGUUCCAAUUUAAUUGUGAGUAUAGGGAUCAGUUUUUUGUAAAUUUCCCUUGUAUCCACUGUAACACCAAGGACAGUGCUUGCUCAAUAAACACUCACCGUUGGUC